ACACACACACGUGCAAACUUACACACACACAACCACACACACAAGCGGCCAGUCCAGGUUUGAAACCCCUCAGAAAGCCCCGCUGGAUCCUCACAUCGUCUGUCAGCAUGGGGAGCGCUUGUUUUUCCCGGGACGCGUGUUUGUUUAUCCUCCUCAUAAAUACUUGCAGGGUGAUGGGGAAUGUCGGACUCGCAGAUGCAGACGAGUGUGCAGAAGAUUCAGACGACUGCCACAUUGAUGCCCUCUGCCAGAACACACCCAAGUCUUACAACUGCAUCUGCAAGCCAGGCUAUACAGGAGAUGGAAGGCAGUGUGAGGACGUGGAUGAAUGUACAAAUGACUACAACGGGGGCUGUGUCCAUGAAUGCAUCAACAUACCAGGAAACUACAGGUGCACCUGCUAUGAUGGAUUCAUGCUGGCCCAUGAUGGACACAAUUGUUUAGAUGUGGAUGAGUGUCUGGACAACAAUGGAGGAUGCCAACAAGUGUGUGUCAACACAAUGGGAAGUUACGAGUGUCAGUGUACAGAGGGCUUCUUCCUGAGCGACAACCAGCACACCUGCAUCCACCGCUCUGACGAUGGAAUGAACUGCAUGAACAAAGACCAUGGCUGUGCUCACAUCUGCAGAGAAGCUCCCUUCAAAAGCGGGGUGUCAUGCGAAUGCCGACCCGGUUUUGAGUUGGCCAAAAACCAGAAAGACUGUACAUUGACUUGUAACUAUGGAAAUGGAGGCUGCCAGCACAUAUGUGAAGACACGGACACAGGGCCAGUUUGUGGCUGCCACCAAAAGUACGCCCUGCAUUCAGACAGCAAGACCUGCAUCGAGAAAGAUGAGGCUGCAAUUGAGAGCUCUGAGUUCAAUGCCACGUCAGUAGCUGAUGUGGACAAGCGGGUGAAACGGCGGCUACAUAUGGAAAGCUGUGCUGUAAACAACGGUGGCUGCGAUAGGACCUGUAAAGACACAGCCACAGGGGUACGCUGCAGCUGCCCUGUGGGAUUCAACCUUCAGCCUGAUGGCAAAACCUGCAAAGAUAUCGAUGAAUGCGAGGAGAACAACGGCGGCUGUGAUCACUUUUGCCGAAACACAGUGGGCUCCUUUGAGUGCAGCUGCCAGAAAGGAUACAAACUUCUCACAGAUGAACGGACAUGCAAAGACACUGAUGAGUGCUCCUUUGAGAGGACAUGUGACCACACCUGCAUUAACUACCCUGGCAGCUUUGAGUGCUUGUGCCACAAGGGAUACAUCCUCUACGGCCUCACGCACUGUGGAGAUAUUGAUGAGUGCAGCAUUAACAAUGGAAGCUGUGAGUAUGGCUGCAUAAACACACAGGGUAGCUACGAGUGUGUGUGUCCACCUGGACAGAAACUCCACUGGAACAAGAAAGACUGCACCGAGGGUGUGAAAUGUCUACCCAAUGGAAAGCCUGCACCACGAGCCCAGCUGAUCUGCACUAAGAGUGGAGGCACAGAAGUCUGCUCACUCUCGUGUCCAUCCAAUGCUCUGUUUCUUGCAGACUCAGAGAACUACACAUUAAGCUGUGGAGUUCCCAUCCAGCCUGAUCCAUUGGCCCCGCCCAUCAAGCAGAAGGCCAAGUUUAAGAUUAAAGAUGCCAAAUGUCACCUGAGCCCACGCAACAAGGAGAAACAUAGAGAUUCAUCCAAGCAGAACAUUCAAGGAGGUCAGUUCCCCUGCACCGAUGACUGUCAGGUAACGUUUGUUAACCUUAAGUGUGACUCGUCAAAGAAGCGCCGCAGAGGACGCAAGUCUCCGUCAAAAGAGAUUUCCCUCAUCACAGCAGAAUUUGAAAUGGAGAUGAAGGAGGAGGAGGCCUCAGACUCGUGUAACAUUGACUGUGUAAGAGAGAAGAUGAAGCAGAAGCUCCAGAGCGCCAUGCGGACACUUAGGAAGUCUAUCAACAAGCAGCAGUUCUACAUCCAGUUUUCUGGAACAGAUUAUGAAGUGGCCCAAAAACCGUCCAGGAUUCCAGAAGGGUCAGAGACCUGCAGCACAGGUCAAGUCUUCCAAGAUGGGAAGUGUGUGAGUUGUGGUGCAGGGACAUUUUACAGCGGCAAGCAAGAGCAGUGUGUUCAGUGUCCUCCUGGAACAUACCAGGACAUGGAGGGUCAGCUGUCCUGUGAGCCAUGUCCCAGUACUGAAGGACAGGCCAUUGCCGGGGCCAAGAAUGUGUCUCAGUGUGGAGGUCAGUGUCCUGCAGGUCAGUUUUCCACUGAUGGGUUCCAGCCAUGCCAGCUCUGUCCUCUGGGCUCCUACCAGCCAGAACCAGGUCGGGUCCUUUGCUUCAUGUGUGGUGGUGGCCUCAUGACCAAAUAUGAAGGCUCUGUCACCUUCAGGGACUGUGAGGCCAAAGUACACUGUGCUCCUGGACACUAUUACAACUUCACUACCCACCGCUGCAUCCGCUGCCCAGCAGGGACAUAUCAGUCUGAGUUUGGCCAGAACUACUGCAUCAACUGCCCUGGGAACACCACGACUGACUUUGAUGGUGCCACAAAUGUUUCCCAGUGCAAAAAUCAGCUGUGUGGAGGGGAACUGGGAGAUUACACCGGCUACAUUGAAUCUCCCAACUACCCUGGAGAUUACCCAUCAAAUGUUGAGUGCGUCUGGACCAUAAUUCCACCCCACAAAAGACGAAUCCUCAUUGUAGUACCAGAGAUCUUCCUUCCUAUCGAAGAUGAGUGUGGAGAUGCACUGGUCAUGAGAAAAAGUGCGGUGCCCACUUCCAUCACAACCUAUGAGACAUGCCAGACCUAUGAGCGACCAAUAGCCUUUACCUCUCGCUCUCGCAGACUUUGGAUCCAGUUUAAGUCUAACGAGGGGAACAGUGGCAAAGGCUUCCAAGUUCCGUAUGUCACCUAUGAUGAGGACUACCAGCAGUUGAUAGAAGACAUAGUGCGAGAUGGUAGACUUUAUGCAUCUGAGAACCACCAGGAGAUACUCAAGGACAAGAAGUUGAUAAAAGCCCUGUUUGACGUACUCGCCCAUCCCCAGAAUUACUUUAAGUACACAAAUGCGGAGUCCAAAGAGAUGUUCCCCCGCUCCUUCAUCAAGCUGCUGCGGUCCAAAGUGACCAGGUUCCUGCGACCAUACAGCUAGACUGAAAACCUUCUUGCACUUUCUUGUUAGACCCUUGUGAUCCUGCAUCAUUCCAGAUUCACCAACCUAUAUGUAACACUGAAUCCCUGAUCAUCUUCUGCCCCAUUCAGGAUUUUUCCCAUUUUGUGGCUGAAAAUCCUCAUUUCCUGUAUCUGUCCUCAGUCUCCAUUGUCACAGGAUGCCUUUUAAUGUCUUGAAUACAAAAGUGUAAACCCCACCCUUUACAGUAAAAGUACACUUAAACAGGCACAGUUUGACAAAUAUAGGUUUUUGGAGGCCAGUAAUUAUUGUGUUGUAGAAAUUUUAAUUAGUAUUUAAUUUUGUAAUAUAUAUAUAUUCCUUAUACAUCAGCACCAAUGUAAAAACAUCUAGUUUUAAUUAAUGCCCUACAGAUGGAAAGCACAGUGAUGCUAAAUGUUUUGAUAGAUUAGUGUUCUCAACAGCUAAUUUUACUACGUCUAAAAUGAUCUUUGUUCCCUAGAUGCUGACAAAUUGUUGUGUAUAGCGUGCAAGAAAAAAUGUUGAUUAAAUUAUACAUUUAUUUUAGAGCAAUCCUUGAUCUGAUAGAGUUUGAUCCAAAAUAACAGCUAGCUAAGAUAACUGUCUAAUUGAAAUACCCUUACAGCAAUUAACUGGAUAAACUAGCUUGCACAGGUUGGAGCUGAGAAGAAAUUGGUGGCCAAGUUAGGUUGAAUCUCGCUAAAAUGAAUAUUUAGAUAAACUAAGGCUCACUUGCCAUGCACCAUCCACAUUUAGACUUUAGAAAAAAUGUUUUUACUAUAAGCAGUGUAUUCACACCCCUUGACCUUUAUGAUAUUUUGUCACGGUACAACUACAAACUGUGGUGCAAUUUAUAGGGAUUUUAUGUGAUAUACCAACACAAAUUAACACUAAAUGAGACUACCCCAAAACUUCUAGAUGGUCGAAUAUUGUUAACAAACAGUAAGUACAAAGUCCGUUCUUGACACCAAAUGCUAACCAGUCUGUAAGAUUUUAUUCGGUCGGUUUGUCCCCAAACAUCAACUGUAGCAGUGAUUGUUUAGGGACCUCUGUAGUUAUACAACAAUGGUCAAAGUGUUCCCAUUGUCCCUACUGAGACCUUCCACCUCAAACUAAUGGACAUGCGCCAUGUACAUUAAUUUGAGGAUCACAUCCUAAGAUCACAUCCUUUUGGUGCAUGAUCUUAUGCUUUCGGCAGCUAUGCCUGCCUAUUGCUAUGCUGAUAUGGCCACUCUAGGCAUCUACCAUUAUAAACCAACAGUAUUAUAUGCAGAAGUUGUAACAAUAUUAAUACAAACAAUACUAACAACAAUCAUUUGAAACUAUAAUGUCUACAGAGUCCCAAACAAAAGCCCUAUCCCUAACCCUAACCCCACAAAAAUGAAAUUGAAAUAUUCUUAAGUAUUGUGAUAUUUCACUUCCUGGAUGCCCUUAUUCACUCUGCCCAAUACUUCCUGUAAGUAAAUUCAGUGGAUUCAGUAAAUUCACAAACUCCACCCACAGCAAGUCCAUCCAACCAAUCAUGGAUUUCCCAAACUCUACCCAUACCCAAGAGCCUUGCCAUAGUUACUGCAGCAUCCUCUACUUGGUCAUGUUAGCUGUUUCUUCCUUGUCUAGUGUUUAUGCUAAAGGAAGCGUUUUUUAGCUUUGGCUAUGGCUAGUGGCAAAAAAUGUUGCAAUGAAAGGCUGGGUAGUUGUGAGGUCCAUUCUAAAUAAUAGAUUGGUUUUUGGAAAUUACGUUCCUUGAGAUUAGUAACAGUGACAGUUCCUUUCCCUAGAGUAGACAGAUAUCAGAUUGCCAUGAGUUGGUAGAAAACUAAAUAAAUUCCCUGGGGCAGAUCCACAAAACCAUUUGUGACCAGUGUAAACAAGUGAUAAACGCUUGCAAGCAAGAGUAUGCAUGUCCUUUUAAUUCUGAAACUAGAAGCAAAAAUGUAUCUGCUCCUAAAAGAGCCGAUCAAGCUAACAACCUCUCUCUGUUCUGAAGCAGUUUGCCCACAUUUGAAUGACCCAUUAUGCAUGUAAUUAGGACAAAGGCUGUCCACGUUUAUAUAUAUUUAUGUAAAUUUCAACCAGAAAAAAACGCUUCGCAUUCUCGAAUGCCGAGCUGUCUGCUUAAUGCAAAUUGCACAUAGAAAUAGUUUCCAUAGAAAGCUGUUGUGGGUUUUGCUGUGGGGUCUAGAAAAGGGGAAAAUGGCAAGCUGUUAGGGAUGUCAUUAAAAAUAGACAUCCCUGAGCACAGUUUAUUAAACGGAUUCCAAAUGAAUUAACUCUGUGAAGAAACAUCAGUCUAUAUUGUCAACCUUAUUUAAUUUAAUUCAAUUCAGUUUUAUUUAUUUAGCGCCAAUUCAAAACAUAUGUUGUCUCAAGGCACUUUAUAAAUUCAAUUCAGUCAAAUCAUACAGAUUUCAAGUCGGGUACGUACAUUCCAAUUAAUCCUAACUGUCAAACAGUGCAGUCGGAUUCAGUUUAUUGCUCAAUUAGGAUUCUCUAACGCUGUGCCACAAAAAUCAAAGACAAAUUUUUUAUCAAAGGUGAAAUUGACAGGAUGAUAUUAGAUACAUACGACAUUUAUAGUUAUUACACUACAUUUGUAGUAUAUUUGUACGUACUACAUAUAUAUACAGGGGUUGGACAAUGAAACUGAAACACCUGGUUUUAGACCACAAUAAUUUAUUAGUAUGGUGUAGGGCCUCCUUUUG